AUGACCAAACAGGUCCUGAUUACUGGCCGCUCCCCGCUGAAACCAGCCGCAGAAGGGAAACGGAGACAGGUAAAGGCCGAUCGGGACUUGAAGGCGUUUCUUCGACCCGACCACGACGAAGCUGCCGUGCCCGAAGCACGCUCUCGUCUGCAUUAUUCGCUCAAAUUGCACGCAAAGCAUCCUUUGAGCAUCCUCUCGCUCAUCUUUCACUCGUUCGCCACCUCGCACGCCAAGAAAUACGAUGUAGUCACAACCUUCUUAAAUUAUGACCUCCAUGGGGCGGCUGCUGCUGGCAACAUUGGCUUGGUCACUUAUGCGAUCACACACGGUCAACCUAUCAAUGCAGUUCUUGGGGGUCUUCUUCCCAUCCAUGCUGCUGCUUCUGGAGGCUCAGUCGAGGUUGUUCAGCUCCUCAUCGACAAUGGCGCAGAUGUCAAUAUCCCUCGACUCCCCAGUUCUACAGGACCGCCCAUCAACAUUGGAGGUCCUGGUCAGAUGGUGGGACCUGGCGGGGUGAUCGGAGACAGUCACCAGUGCACAACGGCCGGCGAGAAGUUGCACAAGGGCCGACUAGGAAGCGCUGGUUUACAGGCUCCACCGUCCUCUGCAUCCACCACCAGGCCAGGGAGUUCAAAUGGAGGUUCGUCUCUGCCCGUAGGUCUGCGAGGUUCCACACCGCUGCAUUUUGCGGCUGCUCUGGGCCACUUGGAAGUUGCUCGAAUCCUGUUGGAGAAUGGUGCAAAUCCCCUUGCUCGAGAUAUCGAGAAAGCAACACCAGAAAUGGUGGCGCGCAGCGCUGGCAGACAACGAGUGGCCGAUUUUAUUAGAGACUGGCGGAUCGAUCACGAAGGGGCGCCAAGAAGAAGCAUCGAGACUCCUCAACAGCCUCCAUCCAGCUCUGGCCUGAAACCAGAAAUGGAAUUUGGGUUCCGAGGAGGAAACAUUAGCACGGCCUCUCUACCGCUCACCGGCUCUGCAGCGCAGAGCACGGCGUCACUGGGUCGAUAUGCAAAUCAGCCCGGACGGCGACCAUCCCUACCCUCUAUUCACGAAUCGCCCCCCUCGACAUCGUACCCACGUCCUCCGUCCGGAAAGAAGCAGCAGAGUUUCCCAUCGGAUCGACCUGCAACUGCCUCAUCUGCUCAUGAAAAGGAAUCCAGGCUUCCUUUCACUGUGCGUAGACCAAAGUCUGCAAACAGUCGCGAAGGGAAGAGUAGCAUGCCGAAUGACGACGCAACGAGCCAGAUCAGUCAUCACUCGGGCAAAGAGUCACAUGGGGCUGCUAGUCGUCUCAAUAAACUAUUCCGGCGACCCAAUCUACGACCCGCUACCGCGUCUGGUGCACUCUCUAUAGCCCCUUCGCCAUCCUCCCCUUCGCCGCCAACACUCACUCGGACACGAAGUCCGAGUGCUAGCGGUGUGACUGACAAAGACAGAGGCGGCGGGCUCUUCCAUGGACAUCAUCUCCCCCCUCUAUCAAAGCGUGACCAUGGUCGACAUCUCCAUCCCCAUACAAUCUCACGCGAUGCCAUUUCUGGUCCGAUCAUGAAUGGUCAACAGCCAUCAACUUCCAUGGCAGAGUAUGCUCGCCCAGAUCUCGCCGACGGUGCACCUAGCACCACAGACGAUCAAACCCUUAGCCGGUCGCCGGACGAUCUGGAUGAGGUUUCCAGGGUACUCAACCGUACUCCCGCGGAAUUACAGUAUAUGCAGACCAGGGGAGCGCUCCCGGAUCGCGCGAAACAUUCUGCACCAGCUGGACAAACGACAUUUGGUCUGGGAAGAAAGUCUUCUGGUUCAGGACUCCGGCAUUAUCCAUCACACUCGGCGCUCCCCAACAAACCAUCCCCAGUGCUCACCCCCAACUCUGGUAUUGUGCCGCGACAUAGAGCGAAGCUGGGACCUGGAGACGGGUUAGCUAUGACUGCAGUUCAUCAGGAGUCACGAGACGAUAUCGACCGCGCUAGAACGGACACACCACUGUCCUUUGGCUCGGAUCAAGCGUCACCAGCGCCACGAUCAGCUCGUCCGGUGCCGUCAUUUACAUCGCUCAACCGUACGCAGCAAGCUCCUGACAGUCGUGACGAGCGAGGCUCCAUUUCUUCCCAUGAAUCAUCCAACCUCACUGGCACAAAUAGUUCUGCAGAUGCAUUGCGUUCGCCCGAGGGCGGCGAAGAGCUAGCCUCUGAUUACAUUUCUCGGCCACUAAGAUCUGCGACAGUGUCUACGAAUCAUUCCCCUGCCCCAUCCCCUAUUUCGCUCGGCCCAGGAGGUACCUCGCCAUCGAUUGCCAGCCCUGGCUACGCUGGGAUCGCAGAUUACAACAUCAAUGGCUCCAUACCAAUGUCUUUCAUCGACCCUCGCCAAGUUUCAACUCGUGCACAAGCGGCAGAGCUCGUCGAGGCGCACGCGAGGGUGAUUCAGACGGAAUAUGAGCAGCGUCAAAAGGCGAAGCGGCUUGCUAGCAAUUCGUCUCACAAAAACACUGCGUCACCACUAGGGAAUACAAGAUCACGCUCAGCGACUACAGACACAAAGGGUACAGGCCCUUCCGAAUCUGAUGGCGACGACAUGCUCGAAGAAGAAGAUAGGUCUGCGCUGCGCGAGAGACUAGCCGCCCUGGGAGAGUCGCUUCAUAUGGAGCGAGUAUUGGCUCGCAAUGAGCAGCUGGCCAAACGAUUCCACCGCGAGUCUGCGGCGGACGAUGGUAGCACAGAAGGCGGUGAUCAUGAGCCGAUUGACCGCAUGGUUCCCUCUUCCAUGGGCCCUUCGACGAACAUGCGCGCUGAGAUGUUGGAAGGGUACCUCAGGAAAGGAGAAGCUAGCGACACGGAGAAGGUCAAGCGUCCUGUGACGCCGAAGCGAGAUGUGUUCGGCCGCCCAGUCACGCCAAAGCAACGAGAAGGGAGGCCCACCACACCAAAGGAGGCCAGACCGACCACUCCGAGGAGUGUAACACCUCAGAGCAGCACGCGUCUAGACGCUCCUCGUGAGAAUCGGGUACUCCCCCCUCCGUCAAAGGCUCAGACACCUCGCUCAAACACGCAUCUUACUCUACAACAAACAAGGGUUAUAUCCAAGUCAGACCUGGGUCUCAACUCGCAUAUCAACAAGGACGACCUUCAGGGACGGGAAAGAGCUUGGACCACGACUGAUGUCCGACCUCGUAUUGGCCCUCAAGUCGUUUCCCGGCCUUCGACUGCAGGAGCAAAGCCUGCUGACUCUCAGAGACCUGGAGGACUGACCAUCGAUAUCGUACAGACUAUGCCCACACCUACCGAUGGCCGAACGCCGCUGGAAGAUACGUCGCCCAUUGUCCCACCUUCUCCGGAUGGACGAAGACCCGACUCUAUCCAAAGUAGACGACGGAUGAACUCGAACCAGCUACGGAUUGAUUCCAAGGUCGCUCAGGAGCAGUCACACUUGAACGAAUCAUCGGAAGAGGCAGGGCGACCACGUUCUGCAUCUCGACCGCGAAAACCUUCGACUCCUACGGGUUCAGGCUCGAGAUCAGAACACUCCGUCUUGAUCACUCGUGUGACGCCGCCUGUAGCCCCCAGUUAUCGCGCUCGUGCCUCCGAGAGACCCAUACAACUCUUUCCUCUCACACCACCCGAGCCAGUUCCCGCGCUGCCGUCCAUACCAUCUGCGGUCGACUUGCACAAUAUGCUGCAAAUGCAACGUGUGAAGGACGAAGCCAGGAUGAUUCCUGAUCCUCAGCACUCACCUAUCCAAUUGACGCCAAGCGACAUUGGACCAGGAGGGAGCUAUCGAAACAGUCCACCAGCCUCGGCAGCGGAGCGAAGGCUCGGUCUCUCAGGCAGUGGACGCAGCGAAUUUGGGUACGAGAGUGUUAGAAGUUUUAAUCAGGAAAAGGGAGGCGACAAUUCUCGGGCUCUCCAGCAGGUUGACACUCGUGAAUCCGAUUAUCCAAAGCCAACCAGGUCCAAGUUUGGUGGCCUGUUCUCGCGCAAGAAGCGAAUCGCAGUUGUUCUCAUCAGUAUGGGCAUAUUCACAUUUUUCGACGUUAUUGCACCAGAGCUCCCAUUACGCAUUCUCAGCACACCCAUAUGUGCACUCAUCGCGUUUAACACGCUCGCCAACUAUUACUGGGCGAUUACCGUCCCACCCGGAUUUGCAGACGACGAUUUCCCGUUCUCUGGCCAACGCAGGCACCUUUCGAAUAGCGCAUGGAACAGAUGGACAAGUGCACCUGUCCAAAAGCCGCGUUAUGGUGCCGAAACGCUGCGUGGCCAUGAGCUGGAGCCAGGGAAGGUAGGGAGAUGCCAAAAAUGCGGUAGUACCAAACCAGAACGAACGCAUCAUUGCCGCGUGUGCAAGCGCUGGAUAAACCAAUGCGUCGGCAUUGGAAAUGAACGUCACUUCGUUCUCUUCAUGGUCUACUUGAUCGUGUGCUGCACAUGCUUUCUCGUCCUGGGAUGGACAAAGGCAUGGGUGGUGUUCGAAAUGUCUAACUCGUGGCCACAUGCGACGCCCCAAGUAAUCUUCAUGCUGAUUUAUAUCAUCUGCUUCGCGCUAGGUCUGGCGGUUAGCGCAAUGUGCGGAUGGCAUCUCUAUCUCGUCUCUCAGGGACAGACAUCUGUCGAGAACCACGAUGCCAGCACGUACCGUAAAGUUGCUGCGUCUCGAGGGGAAACAUUUGUCAAUGCAUAUAACCUCGGUGUGCGGGACAAUUUCCGGUUAUUCUUCAACAUUACGGAAACAGGACACCCGUGGUGGGUGUUAUUAACGCCUUUGCGGACCGUACCAUAUACAAAUGGUCACGCAUGGAUACGGAGAAGAGGAUACGAGCACGGCCAUGGUGGCAUCCGAGAUGAGGAAGAACUUACGGAUCAGGAAGACGAGUGA